CUUGAUUUCUUGUUCUUGAUGUGGCAUUCAUCUUUCUUCAAUUUCAUAGCUCUCGAAUUUCCGGCAGAUUAAGCAUCUUAGUUCAGACACAUCUCAAAUUGCAGAGAAUUUGUACAGUGAUGGCGAACAAGAGGAAAAGCGUGAUGAUCGAUGAAGAUUACAAAUCAGAUGAUGGUUCUCAUCCAUAUCUACCUGCGGAUGUAAUACUUGAAAACGUUCUCACCAGAUUAUCAGCCAAAGAUCUUGCUCGAUUCGCUUCCGUCAGUAAGUUCUGGUACUAUUCUAUUGUUAAUGACACUGGAUUUGCUCUCUCUCACUUUGCGCGUCAUCAGAAUAGGAGAAAUCUGUGUUUUAAUCUUCUUAAUGUGCCAAAAGAAGAUGUUAAUGAUGGGAUUCUAAGAAAUUACUUCUUCAAUUUGCAAAAAGAUAAUACUGUUUUUUAUAAUUUUGAAUUGUUAUUGCAAGUACAUUCACUCGGCUCGAUUGAACCAGUAGGUAAUUGUAAUGGUUUAGCUUGUUUUACAAAAUGUCAGUGUUCAGAUGCUUUUGAAGAAAUGGUUGUCAUUAAUCCGCUUAAGAGGGAAUCACUUACUCUCACCUGUGUAACACCUGAGAUUGGGAGAGGAGGGGAAUCUUUUGAGUAUAAGUAUUUGUGUCAUGGUUUUGGUUUUGAUUCAUCGUCGCAAGUAUACAAGAUUGUAGUCAUCUAUACAACUUCAACAACAGCGGAUGAACAUGGGUUUAUUUGUAUGGUUGUUACAUUGGGAGUUAGAUCGUGGAGAAAGAUUGUUACUAGUACUUGUGAUAUCUUGCCACCACCAGGUUGUUCUCCUUUUCCAAGUCAAAUGGUGACAACAAUGUGGGGAGAUGAUGAUGAUAUAUCAGCCACCAUUUGUGGAGGUGAUCUUUUAUGGAGGAUAAGUAAUUAUACUAGUGGUGGUGAUGAUGAGAUGGAAAUGUUGCUCUCUUUUGACAUCCGCACCGAGAAAAUUCAGUUCAUUCAGCUCCCACCUGAAUGUAAUUCUGUGAUUCAUAACUUGGAUACAGCCGAGGAUAAUUGUUAUGAACUUCGUCAUCAUCUUCUGGAGUUUAAAGGAUAUCCUUGUGUUGCACGAUCUGAAAAGACUUGGGUAGGAGAGAGAGCAGAAUAUCAUUUUAAGGUUCACUUGUUUAUAUUGAAGGACAAGGUCAAGCAAAUAUGGAUAGAGGAGGAGCCUUUCAAUGUUAGGUUGAAGGAGGACGGUGUAAAGCUCGACAGUUUGUUACGAGAUCCCUUUGAUCGGUACUUUAACAAAACUUUACGUUCUGAUAACCAUAGGUCCCAUUGUACACGUAUGUGCAGUUUCUCUGAUCAAGUGAUGUUGUACUGGUUUGAUGGGGGAUGUCUUAUAUUCUACAAUUUGCGAAUGAACCAUCAUAACGUGGUAAAAGGCGCCAACCCUUGUACUGGGCGUGAUCGCCGUGAUAUCUUUAAUGCUAAGUUGAAAGGGAUGGCCACGAACCCUGGUUCUGAUAGUGAUGAUGUUCCUCAUUGCCCCUGCAUUGAUUACCAGCUGCACGCACAGGUGGAAAACAUCAUUUCAGUAAAAACCUUCAUUCCUAAAGGAGGAGAAGUUGGUGAAUUUGAUAAUUACGAGGAAUUUCAGCAGUUUCUAACAGACAAACAGCCAGUGGGGUGGGUGGCUACAGGAAGAAAAUCACCAAAAUGGCCUUUGGAGCUUAUGGUAGUAUUUUGACUGCUUAGCUUGCACUUUCUGUCCCCAGAUCAUAAGUCAUGG